AAAAAAGCAACGACCCACACCUUUGCCACGUGGUCUUGUCCAGUGGAUCUGAGUGUCCUAAAUUCGAAGAUGAGAAAGAGAGAGAGUGUACAACAUUCUACAGUCGACACCAUUAUGAUCAGCAGCUGGAAAAGCUUAAGCUUGGUUUUAAUGGCACAAAAUCUAAAUAAUCGAUUUAUACACAAAAAGACAGCUAAGUAAUGAUUAUUAUUAUUAUCAGAAACUGCUUCAAAACUUGUUCUUCCUUGACUAAAUUUCUCUCUUCUCUCAAGAACUCCUAUCAUCUGUUUUGAAUUGCAAGUAACCAAGAAUGCGACAAGACGAGAAUAACUCCGAGGAAGAAUUCGUUGAGAUUGAUCCCACUGGUCGCUAUGGCCGGUAUAAAGAAGUUCUAGGCAAAGGAGCUUUCAAAGAAGUGUAUCCUUUUUCUUAGAUCUCUGUUAUUACUACAGAGACAAAUCAGAUUAGAUUCGGACAAGACACAGUCACUAAAGGGUUUCUUUGAUCAGAGAGUUCUUCAGAUACAGAGCAUUUGACCAACUUGAAGGAAUCGAAGUGGCUUGGAACCAAGUUAAGUUAGAUGAUAAAUUCUGUAGCUCAGAGGAUUUAGAUCGUCUUUACUCUGAAGUUCACUUACUCAAAACCCUUAAACACAAAAGCAUCAUCAAAUUCUACACUUCUUGGAUCGAUCACCAACACAUGACUAUCAAUCUCAUCACCGAAGUCUUCACUUCCGGAAAUCUUAGACAGUACCGGAAGAAACAUAAGUGUGUUGAUCUAAGAGCAUUGAAGAAAUGGUCAAGGCAGAUCUUAGAAGGGCUUGUUUAUCUACAUAGCCAUGAUCCUCCUGUGAUCCAUAGAGAUCUUAAAUGUGAUAACAUUUUCAUUAAUGGGAACCAAGGUGAGGUCAAAAUUGGAGAUCUAGGGCUAGCCGCGAUUCUGCACCGCGCUCGCUCUGCUCAUAGCGUCAUCGGAACUCCUGAAUUUAUGGCGCCGGAACUCUAUGAAGAGGACUAUAAUGUACUUGUCGAUAUCUACGCGUUUGGAAUGUGUUUGCUUGAGCUGGUAACUUUUGAAUACCCGUAUUCCGAAUGCACAAAUGCUGCUCAGAUUUAUAGGAAAGUUACAUCGGGAAUCAAACCAGCCGCUCUUUUAAAUGUGACUGAUCCGCAAGUGAGAGCAUUCAUAGAGAAGUGUAUCGCAAAGGUCUCGCAACGCUUGUCAGCCAAGGAACUACUUGAUGAUCCUUUUCUGAAAUGCUACAAGGAAAAUACCGAAAACGUCAGCUCUCACAAAGAAAAUGGUUACAACGGAAACGGAAUCGUGGAUAAACUCUCGGAUUCUGAGGUAGGCUUAUUAACCGUAGAAGGCCAACGUAAAGACCUCAACACAAUCUUCCUAAAACUACGUAUCACCGAUUCCAAAGGUCAAAUCCGCAAUAUCCACUUCCCAUUUAACAUAGAGACAGACACAUCUUUCUCAGUCGCCAUCGAAAUGGUCGAAGAACUAGACUUAACCGAUGAUCAAGACAUCUCAACGAUAGCUAAAAUGAUCGACACAGAGAUACAUUCACACAUCCCCGAUUGGACCCCUUCUCGACUUAUCGGUGAUGAUUCAGCGGUACAAAAAUGUUUGUCUUCUCCAGAGACGCUCCAUUUAGAUAGAUUUCCUUCAGGGAGAAAAUUCUGGUCCUCUCCUAAAGCUGGAGCUGGAGACUCACGUUCACCGUUUGCGCCACGGUCUAAUUCUAAGUUGUCGUCAGCACAAGGACCGAUCAAUCAAGAAGUUGGGGUUAUAGUAGAGAAACUUGAGUCUUUGUUGAGGAAACAGAGAGAGGAGAUUGAAGAGAUGCAGAGAGAUCAAGAACGUAUUGUUACUGAGUUCUUAAAAGAGUUUCCUCCUGAGAUUUGUGAAGAGGCUUUGGUGAGAUUGCAAGUUAAAGAUUCUGAUAACUUAUUGUGUUAGUACGUUUUUUACAUUACACACUCUCGUCAAGAUUAAUUUGGUUUGCAAUAUUAUGUUGUACUAAAGGUAAGUAAAUGUGUAACAAAAUUGUGACAGUUAUGAUUGAAGGAAAACUAUUUGUCAAAUAAUAUUUCUUGAAUUAGUUAGGUGAAGACGUAACUAGCUCAGAAGAGUCUGGGAGAAGAAAAGAAC